UUAAGACAAUAUUUUUAACUAUCCCACUGUGAUGCUCCUGGUUUAGUCUCGAGGAUCCGAGGGCCAAGUGGGCAACGACAAGUUCCCUCCAAAAUCUAGGUAGAAAACCGCAGUGUUCUGUUCCUGACACGAAUCAUGCCAUAUUGAAAUUCAAAUUCAGCUGCUCCUCAAAUCAGAAUGGAGCUCUGCAACACCUUCAUCGCCACCGUCAAUACACCUCCCCCAAAUCGCUGCCGUACACUCACGCGCCGCCCCACCAUUUCUAUCUCCGCCACCACUCCCGACUCAACCCACCACCGACUCAGACUGGCCGAGACCCUCCAAAACGAGACCUUGGAAACCCUAGAAUGGCCCUCCCUGUGCAACCAAGUCUCCGCUUUCACUUCCACUGCCAUGGGCCUCGCCGCCGCCCAGACCGCUCGUCUUCCGAUAGGGUGGACCCCGGACGAGAGCCGCAAGCUUCUCGACCAGACUGCCGCCGCGGUGGCGCUUCCUCGGCCGUUGGAUUUCUCCGGGAUUGAAGAUGUAUCGCAGAUUGUGAAAUCUUCGGUUUCCGGUGAAUUGGCCUCCAUUAGUGAGCUUUGCGCGGUGAAACGGACUCUGCGAUCGGCGAGGGAGUUGUUUGAGAAGCUGGAGGAGCUUGCUUUGCACGAUGACGAUUCUUCUGAAAGGUACUUGCCUCUGCUUGAUAUUCUUCGGAGUUGCAAUUUCCUGAGUGAGUUGGAGCAAAAAAUAGGAUAUUGCAUAGAUUGUAAUUUUUCAAUAAUUCUUGAUAGAGCUAGUGAAGAUUUGGAGAUUAUUAGGUCUGAAAGGAAGAGGAACACGGAAAAUCUAGAUUCUCUGUUGAAGAAAGUAUCAGCUCGGAUUUUUCAGGGGGGAGGUAUUGACAGACCGCUAAUAACAAAGCGUCGAUCUAGGAUGUGUGUUGGUAUUAGGGCGUCGCAUAGAUCUUUGCUUCCAGAUGGUAUAGUUCUGAAAAUUAGCAGCUCUGGAGCAACAUACUUUAUGGAACCCAAAGAAGCAGUGGAGUUGAAUAAUUUGGAAGUAAGACUUUCAAAUUCUGAAAAGGUGGAGGAGCAAGCCAUUUUGAGCUUGUUUACAUCUGCGAUUGCUGAAUCAAACAUAGAGAUUAAGUAUUUGUUGGAUAGAAUUCUUGAACUUGAUCUUGCUUUAGCAAGAGCUGCUCAUGGUCAGUGGAUGCAUGGUGUCUGUCCGAAUUUAACGACAGACGGUUUUGAAUCUUAUGAAACUGAUUCUAACUAUGGCAGUUAA